UCCUAGCUUUCCUUCUUCCCUGAGAGAGAUGGUGGCAAGAUGAACGACAGUGUCACUAUUAGAACAAGGAAGUUUAUGACCAACAACAGACUGCUUCUGAGGAAGCAGAUGGUCAUAGGUGUCCUUUAUCCUGGAAAAGCCACCGUCCCCAAGACUGGAAUCAGGGAGAAGCUGGCCAAAAUGUACAACACUACCCCAGAUGUGAUCUUUGUAUUUGGCUUUAAGACUCACUUUGGAGGCGGCAAAACUACUGGUUUUGGCAUGAUCUACAAUUCAGUGGACUAUGCAAAGAAAAAUGAGAGGAAAAAAAGUUCUAGAAAACAACGUAAAGAAAGAAAGGACAGAAUGAAGAAAUUCAAAAUGCACAGCCCAAGCAAAUGUAGGUGCUGGUAAAAAGUAAAGU